AAUCGUACUACGGGAGUAGCAGUCGAUUUCCCCACGCAAUCUCCAGGGCCUGAGAUCAAGUUCUCGUUCCCUACUUCUCCUGAUGCAGAAUCUGUACGCUCGGCCGAAGCCAUGACUCCCUCCCUGUCGGAAAGUUUAUCACUGCCAACAAAAUCAGGCAACCCGUCAAAUGUUUUACGUCGUGCACUCAGCUCCCACAACACCCCGCGUUCCAGCCUGGAUGGCACGUCACCUUCUGAAAAGGAAAACGAAAAAAAUGAUUUUGGGAAGUUGAACAAGCUAGGUGGUAAACGAGUGAGAGCUGUGAGUUUACGACUAUCCAAGAGGUAUAGCUUGUUAGGAAAGAAGUCUUCCGGUGACAAACAAGAGGAGGAGGUCAAAACCAGCGCACCAUCUGCGGAGUCAAACUUGGAGGACCUGGAUACUAUAGAAGGGCUCAGGAAGGAAGUUAUCUCGCUCAGGCUCGAAAUCUCAAACCUGAAGAGGCACCUCAAUUUGUGAUCAUAUAAACUUGGAUGUACAUGCGAGCAGCUGCCAAGAUUGCUCUGUGUUGAACGAUCCAUAACUCAUUCAAUGAUUUUAGUUCAAUCCCAUUAAUGCCCCCAUUUUUCAAAACCGCUCUAUCUAUACUGCAUUACCCUAAUAUUUUGUUUUCUGUGUGUAUCUCCUUGCUGAAUUAUCUGCUUUCAGUCUUGCAAAACGACUUGAAUAUUGCUCCUUCUGUAUGUUUCCCAAUGUCUCUUUUCUAUUGUGGCCGGUUGUGCCAAUUGCAAUCAUGGAUUCAGUUUUGAUCUG